AUCAAUUUAGACGGGGAAUAUUGUUUGCAAUAACCGUAUAGUACCCAUCAUAUCGUCAUGAAGUUGAUUUCUGACAGUGAAGCGUGUUGUUUGAAACUUUCAGUUGUGUUGUAGGCUAACAGAACACAAGAAAACCUAACCAAUAAAACAACAAAAUUAUUUUUUUAAAACAAAUACAAAAUUUGUUUGGAAUCAAAUCCUAUUAUUUAAUGAAUGAAUAUUUGUAGAAUUAAACUUGUUUUAUUAUUUAAUUGAAAUGGUGGCCUGAUUAAAAAAAUUUAAAUCAAGAAAAUUAUUACAAUAGUUCAAUUAAAACAGUUUGUUGUGUAAAUUUUCUAAGAAAGUGUUUUGAACUAUAAAAUUUAGUGAAUCUCACAAACUUAUGAUUAACUGCAAAUUUAAAUCGAUUUAAAGGUAUGUUGUUUUGUCAAUAAAUCGAAGUAAAAUCAGAAUAAGAAAAAAUUGUUUUAAAAACAAAUAAAAAACAAAAUGCCACAUCAGUAUGGACUCCCUGUACCUGGUUUAGCGCAUGGUGCACAAUCUCCAACACCACCUCAACAUGGUGCAGUGUAUCCACGUUAUCCUGGUGCAGCGGCAACGCUACCCGGUGUCGGUGGAUAUCGUAGCGAAGAUCAACGUUUAACACGCGAAGCAAUGGAACGAUAUUUACGUGAUCGUUCCGAUAUGGUUUUAGUAAUUUUACAUGCAAAAGUUGCACAAAAAUCCUAUGGUAAUGAAAAACGUUUUUUUUGUCCUCCUCCAUGUAUUUAUUUAUUCGGUGAUGGUUGGCGAUUACGUCAAGAACAAAUGUUACGUGAUGGUGAAUCGGAUCAAUCGGCACAGCUAUGUGCAUUUAUUGGUAUCGGUAAUUCCGAUCAAGAUAUGCAACAAUUAGAUUUAAAUAAUGGUAAACAAUAUUGUGCGGCUAAAACACUGUAUAUAAGUGAUUCAGAUAAACGAAAACAUUUUAUGUUAUCAGUGAAAAUGUUUUAUGGAUCCGGACAUGAUAUUGGUGUAUUUCAUAGUAAACGUAUUAAAGUGAUAUCGAAACCGUCAAAGAAGAAACAAUCGUUAAAGAAUGCAGAUUUAUGUAUUGCAAGCGGUACUAAAGUUGCACUAUUUAAUCGAUUACGUUCACAAACUGUAUCAACACGAUAUUUACAUGUAGAAAAUGGUAAUUUUCAUGCGAGUUCAACACAGUGGGGUGCAUUUACAAUACAUUUAUUAGAUGAUAAUGAAAGUGAAAGUGAGGAAUUUCAAGUACGCGAUGGAUAUGUACAUUAUGGAUCGACUGUUAAAUUGGUAUGUUCGGUGACUGGAAUGGCAUUGCCAAGAUUAAUUAUACGUAAAGUGGACAAACAAAUGGCGUUAUUAGAAGCAGACGAUCCAGUUUCACAGCUUCAUAAAUGUGCAUUCUAUAUGAAGGAUACCGAACGGAUGUACCUGUGCUUAUCACAAGAACGUAUCAUACAAUUUCAAGCCACUCCAUGCCCCAAAGAACCAAACAAAGAAAUGAUCAAUGAUGGUGCAUGUUGGACAAUUAUAUCCACAGAUAAAGCUGAAUAUCAAUUUUUCGAGGGUAUGGGUCCAGUACGAUCGCCUGUCACACCUGUACCUUUAGUACAUUCGUUACAUUUAAAUGGCGGGGGUGAUGUUGCAAUGUUAGAAUUAACUGGUGAUAAUUUUACACCAUCGUUACAAGUAUGGUUUGGUGAUGUAGAAGCUGAAACAAUGUACAGGUGUCAAGAGUCAAUGUUGUGUGUUGUUCCUGAUAUAUCACAAUUUCGCGGUGAAUGGUUAUGGGUACGACAGCCAACACAAGUACCUGUAUCGUUGGUACGAAAUGAUGGUAUUAUUUAUGCAACUGGAUUAACGUUUACAUAUACACCAGAGCCUGGACCCAGGCCACAUUGUACACCAGCAGAUGAUAUUAUGCGAUCAGGAUCAAGCCAAAGAAACUCUAAUAGUAAUAAUAAUAAUAAUAAUAACGUUCCUGCAAUAUCAGAUGUUCCCUGGAAUUCACAUCCAGGAAUGCAUUGAUUUUAAACUGUUUUUAUUAUGAAUUUUGUGAUGUGUAUAAAACAAUUUUUUCUGUGAAAUUUAUUAAAUGUUGUUGAAUUCUGGUAGUUGAAAUUUAAAACGAGUAGAUAUCAUUAAGGGGUUGUUCCAUUUAACGUUCAAGUUACGUUGCGGGCGAUUGAGAACUUUAUAACUUUAGCAUCUCUAGCUCUGACGAAAUAAGCUACAAAAAAGUCUAUUUUAUGUGAUAUAAUUUUAAAUAGAAAAUGCCUUUCGAAAUUCAUUAUCUUCUACAAGAGUUUUUUCUAUCAAUGUCAGAACCAUGGGGAUCGAACUCCAUGUAGAACAAAUGACUGUCACAAAUAAAAUGUCAGUAAUAUUCCUUUUGCACCGAGAUAGUGGAGCGAGCGUAAGGCGCGAGUUGAUUUUUAUAGUGACGCAUUUAUGUAGUAUUUCGUUCGUAUGUUCGUAUGUGUUCGUAUUUAUUUCUUGCAAUGCACUUCGGUGCAAAGAGAAUAGUAGCGGCGGAUACGAAGUGAUACAAAUAUUUUCUACCAUUACGUUGACAAAUCUUGUCAAUUCUCCCGCUUGAGUUCGGCAUCCUUGUGUAGUCUUCAUGAACUAUAAUGUUUCAAAUAUCAUAUGUGUGUAUAGUAGGAAAGGAAGGACAGAAAACCGUGACUUUUGUCACACCGAAAAAAUUAAGUCUGUGGGUUCUAAAAGAGUUCGUGUCAUAGCUUUAUGCAAAUUACCAUUGUGCGAGAGAGAAACGAUUGUCUACUGAACUGUUGGAAAUUCGCCGGGCCUCUCUCUCGACUAGCCAUAUAGUAGUAUUACAUAUAUGGUUAUAUUGUUACGAAAUUUAGAUUCUAAACAAAAUAAAUAAUGUACAUUUAACGUCAUUAACACCAAUUUGGUAAGAGAGUACAAUUUACCCCAAAAAAUUAUGUUGGUAAUAUUCUAUCAGUAUACAAAAGAUAGUCAAUAAUUUCCACACUGUUAGAACACGAACGUCAUUAGGAAUAAUUCGGUAAGAGAGAACAACUUGCUCCAAAAAAAAUUAUGUUUGUAAUAUUCUAUCAGUAUAUAAAAGUUGGUCAUUAAUUUAUACACUGUUAGAACACGAAAAGUAAAAAAUAAUGACUGAAUAUUUGAAGGUAGAAGUUGAUUCACUCGCAGCUUUUGUCCUUAGCAAGAGAUCUGUUAAAAUUGAAAUAAUUUAUUUAUAACGGUACUAUAUAUUCGAUUGUUAAAAUGGAACAACGCAACGAUUACCGUUGUCAAACUUAUUGGCAACAUACUCGUAAUAGAUGGUAUCCAUCGUAAUUUAUACAAGAACUUACUUUGAAUAUCAACUAUCAAUUUUUGUGUGUAUAAGUCUGGCUUAAUUUAAACAACGAAUUUAAAGAGUCAGUUUUUUUUUGUAAAUCAAUUAGGUCAAUUAAUAUAUAAACUUCAAAUAAGAAGAAUUUGUCACCAAACGGUACCAGAACUUACUCUAUUUAUUGAUAAGAAUGCCUUUCUUAAAUAGAACCACUCGAAUAACAAAAUUAGACUACAUAAUUCUAACAUAUACACGUUCCAGUAUUAGUCAAAUUGAGUAAGGAUAUUUUUACGGCUGUUCUAUUUACACAGAAGAGUAGAUCUCGACAAACAUAAAUGAAACGCCUAGUUUAACUUUGGUAUAUUUUCCAAAACGUUUAUUGAUCUUUCGAAAGAUCUUUGAUUUAAUUGAUAUAAAAUGUACUAAAGCACAUAAGACGUUCUCUAUUUGGGACAGAAUGCAUGCAUUCGUCGGAAAAUAUGGUACCAAAUAAAGCGGCGAUUAGAAAUGAAAUUUCCUGCCCAUAAAAAUUGUCUUUAUUUUUUUUUGAACUUUAUUGAUUAAUGAUUGGGUCGUAUUAAAUUGAGAACAGCUGUGUAGCGUAUGCCAAUUAUAAAGUAAUGCAAAAUCAUUGGCAUACGUAUAAGAUAGAUGACUUUGUGACUUAAAUAGAUCCCUUUUGUAAAACAAUUAAAAAGAUCAAUGUAAGCCACGAGGAUCCUCUCGUAGGUCCACCCAAGGACCCGAAUCAUUACUUUUCUCGGCCACUUGAUUUUUAAAAAUAUUUUUGUCGCCUGAGCAUCGACUUGAGCUCUACGAAUUUAUUUACAUUUUUGAAAUUUUACAUAUAUUCUUUGAGGAACUAGUCAUUACCAAACAUUUAAGAGUUACAUUCCUCAAAAAUAUCUUAACAGUUGAUACAGGAAUGAAACAUAUGAAAAUAUCUAUAGAACUUUAAAAGUGGAAAUGAAUUUGUAAAGUAAUUGUAAAUUGAGGUGCAAUUUGACGGUGGAAUUUACUCGCCAACAUAAACUGAAAAAAAUGAGCGCGAUGAAAAGUUUGAAUUUAUAUUGUUCAAUUAUUUUUUGCAACAAUCCAUUCCAGAGUUAAAAACAUCAAUAAUAAAAACUAUAAUACAUAUUAUCAUAUAUCAAUCAAUAUCUCGAAAAAUUUAUUACUUGGAUAAUCAAUUGUAAAUUGAAUGUUGGAUUCGUUAUAUUCUUCACUCUCUUUUCCACUAAACGCAGUCAAACUAUUUUGUUUACAUAUUAUUAUUCAAAGCAGUUCUUUUGGGAUUAAAGUAAUCUUAAUAGGAUUGAAGUGAUCCGAUUACUCUUUUCGAAAUGCUAUUUACUUUGACAUUAAGUACUACAUGCGUAAGCGUACUUCAAUCCAAACUCAUUUUAAACUUAAAAGAACACGUCUGUAUUUGUCGUAUCUGUGUAUUUUUUA